UCUGGUUAAGUUCUUGAAGCGCGUGAACCAAAAAAUAAAAGAAGGAAAAAUUCCCCGCUUUCAGUUAACACCUCUUCACGGAUAAAUUUAUGGAAAUAAUUGACCAGUGUGCCCAGGGGAUUAUUGAAUUACAAAUUUAUGAAAGCCUGCUAAUAAGGAAAUUGUUUCGCAAAACUCGUUAAGGACCCCAAACACGCACAGUAUGCGCUGCUCCAUAUAGCGCAUACGCCACGUUGAACCAUCAAAGGAUUUCGUAAACAUAUUGUAGCGGAAAAUUGCAUGCAGCAAUUUGAAUAACAAAAUUGUUUGCACAGUUUCUGUUCGGCUUUGUGUCGCCGAUUUACAAAUAAUCGAACGAUUUUGCACCCCUUCAAAGGAAAAUAAAAUGGACAUAGUCAUACGCGAGGAGGACAUUUCGCUGGCCCAGAUUGGAGUCUAUGCCUCGGUAUCCUUUUUGGUGGUCACAGCGGUUGGGGCAGCCCUCUACACAACUUGUUCGAAGCGCUAUCGCCUCAACUGGUUCGAGCAAAACCUCCUGGAGUCGGCCAACGAGAAGGAUGAGGAUCAACAGAGCCGGGAGGCAUUGGUCGGCUAUAAUGUGGACAACCUAAACGAGGUGCCGCGUGGGAAAUUCGGAGCUGGAAAUGGCGGCAACCUGAGCCCCACCUCGCUGCGCAGCGAGGACAAUGACCCGGCCUUUUGGGUACCGGCCUCGGUAACCUCCAGCGCCACGGCCGCCAUCCAGCAACAGGUGUCUAACACCACCGAGGAAUCGGCUCCGCCCACACCCACCUCGCCCACCGGAAGCCUAAAGUCGAAUACAUUGUCAUACUGCUCCACGACCUCGGUACCCAUAGCCAGAUCCGAUAAGCAUGUUGUCCUGGCCAUGCAUCCCAGUCGGCCGAGGGUCUCCUCCAUGAAUGCCAAGUUGGAUCACACGAAAAUUGAUAUGACCCUUUACAGAAGCCACUCUCAGCCAAAGACCAUAAAUCCAGUUUCCGUGAAUGAAGUCCGGGGCAACUUGCAUGUGAGCAUUGGUUAUGAUCCUGUAGGAGGAUUGCUAAAUGUGCGACUGCUUGAGGCCCAAAAUUUGCAGCCAAGGCAAUUCAGUGGCACGGCGGAUCCCUAUGCCAAGGUUCGAUUGCUGCCCGAUAAGAAGAACUUUUGGCAGACGCGUAUACACAAGAAGACUUUGAAUCCAGUUUUCGAUGAGCAAUUUGUGUUCGAAGUCGCCGCCGGCGUAAUUGACAAGCGAACUGUGGAGAUUUUGCUGUACGACUUCGACGCCUAUUCCCGCCAUGUGUGCAUCGGCGGAAGUAAAUUGCAUCUGGCCAACUUGGAUCUGAGUGAGCAAUUGAAUCUGUGGACCCCCUUGAGCUCCGCCUCGGCCCAGGACAUGAAGGUGGAUCUGGGUGAUAUAAUGGUUUCCCUGGCUUACUUGCCAUCGGCAGAACGCUUGAUGGUUGUCCUGAUCAAGGCCCGAAAUCUGCGUAUUGUGGACGAUGCCCGGAACUCCUCGGAUGCGUAUGUGAAAGUGACUCUAUUAGGGCCAGGCGGCAAGAAAAUGAAGAAACGCAAGACGGGUGUGCAAAGGGGCACCCUGAACCCGGUGUAUAAUGAAGCGCUGGCCUUUGACGUCAACAAGGAAACCCUUAAGAAUUGCGUCCUAGAGUUCACGGUGGUCCACGAUGGUUUAUUGGGUUCCAGCGAGAUUUUGGGUCGCACUUUGAUUGGAAAUUCACCGGAAGUACGGACUGAGGAGAAAAUCUUUUUCGAGGAAAUAUUUCGAGCCAAAAACGCGACAGCCCAAUGGGUUCCACUGCAGGAGCCGGCGACAAACUUGGCCACCACAGCCAAGGCAGCAACCAGCAAGAACUAGCUUCCACAGCUGCCAGCGGCGUUUGGUUUGUGUCUAAGAUGAGCUGGCAGUGGUGGCUGUAAAAGUAAGUUAUUUUUUGGUAAGAACUGUAGAGGCGUCAAACCACCGGAAGUACCGAUGUAACAAGACACGUAUGAACAUGUAGAGAUAAUGUAACGACAUUUGAAUUUGAAUUUGAUAGGUUCAUGUAUCCUUAUCGAUGGUUUGACAGCUCUACUGGAGUCACAGGAUGUGCAAAAACUGUGCUACAGGAUUAUCAAAUUGGAACUUUGGGACGAAAGAAGAGCGAAAAUAUAUUUGAAUGUAUGUAAAGAAUAAUAUCAAUAUGGUUUGAAUGCCAAAUCGUUUCCAUUAAAUUUGAACAAAAUCAGCUGGAUGAAGAGCGAAUGUAUAUAACAAAUGAUCACAGGAGUCACAAAGUCUUGAAUCAAAUUUUGACAACAUUUUCGAAUAAGUCACAAUCAUUUACUGGAAUAAGGGAACUUGCAGGGAUAAGUUUUAAGCAAGACGGAGAGUGCAAACAGAGUGUCUCACAAUCAAAUAUUUUCACGAUCAAAUAUAUCUCAAUGAAUGUGCUUUGUAUGGUAUCAAUUAAUCAAAGAAUAUAUAUAUAUUUAAUAUAUACCCCUUAUGUGUCAAAAAGUACCUAAAAAUACAAAACUACCAACAAUUAUAAUUAACCGAAUAAAUAACUUGUAAUAAAUAAUACAAAUAUGUACAACAAAGAUGGUUAAUUUGAUUUUAUAAUUUUUGCUAGGCGAAGGUUUCAGGGCAAAGAGGGCACAAACAAAUCGUUAAAUUUUAGUUUUACUUCACGCUUUAUCCAAAUUAGUUAAUGAAAAGCACA